AUGAAUCGCCUGAAAGUUUAUCAGCAGCUCCAGAGAAUAAAGCAGCAUAUUUGGGCAAGAUGGAGUAAGGAGUACGUGUCUGAGCUUCAGCAGAGGUGCAAGUGGAAAAGUACGCAGAGCCAAUUACAAGAGGGAUCCUUGGUGCUUGUCAAGGAUGACAAUCAGCCGCCGAUGUGUUGGAGAUUGGGCCGUGUAACCAGCCUGUAUCCUGGAAGUGAUGGAGUGAAUCGUGUCGCCUCGGUGAAGACUCAAAGUGGCUUAGUGAAGCGCUCAUUCGCUAAAUUGUGCCCGUUGCCAAUUUCUUAA